AUGCAGCGUAAGGUUCUGCGCCAACAUGCACGCUGGAUUCGCGACGAUCUUGAUCCGCAGGUUGCCCGAGAAGGAGGAGAUGCGCUGCACGCCGACGAUGUACUCCAGCUUGACGAGUUGCUUCGAGAAGUGAAGCUGUCCGCAGCAAUCGAGCUGAGCGAUCUUCGAUACAGUCGCAUGCACCUCGCCAUCCUCGCUAUUGUCGGGCGGGCCACAAGAUGGCCACAUCGGCUCAUUGAGCGGGCCGAAGACGUUCAGUCAACUUGGGAGACCAAGUUCGGACGAAGGCUAAAAGAUAUCGGGUUCUCGCUCUACGACGAAGGUGGUCGCUUGCACGGCAUCUGCGAGCCGACCGAUCUGAGCAAGGAGAGCGUAAUUGUAAAGUGGCUCAAAGAGUCCAAACUAAAGGCCAGUCCCGUGAGAGCGCUCAAGUCCGGAGACCUUGGCUUUAGGCCAGGAGACUGGUGGAUCAACGCUCUCUUAGCCUUCCGCGACGGCAUUAUAGACCAUACCGACAACACUGGCUGGAUCUGCCACGAUAUGAAAGGCGUGUACGCCAUUGUCAUGGCUGAUAACGAUGAGCUCAACAGUCCAACUCCUGAGUCCUUCACUUAUCGUGGACUGCCCGGUGACAAAGGUCGCUAUCGUCUCACAGCCGGAACGCCAGAAUCUCGCAAUGCGGUACGCAUACUGAGGAGCCAUACGUUACGGAGCUUCUGGAGUCCGAAGGCGGGCUUGAGAUACGAUGGGCUGCACAAAGUGACCGGCUGGUAUAUCCAGCUCGAUUCACGCACGAGGACGACCGUCUACUACAUCAAUUUCAAGCGCCUCCCAGAUCAGUUAAGCAUGGAUACGGUGCUGGCUCGCCCAUGGACGGAGGAAGUAGAAGACUAUAGGGAGUACAAGCGAAUGAGACAUGCUGCAAGGUACGAUUCUGCUGCAGAUCUCGAGCUACCUUAG